UCUGGAUGUGUUUUAGGAUCAUCAGUACCAAUUUUAGCUCUUUUUCUUUAAUUUCUUAUUAUUUGGGUUAAUUACUUAUUUAUUAUUGCUUAUUACAAGUAAUUAAAACUAAAUUAUUCAAAGUAAUAAUAGAGAAGAAUUUUGAUUUUUCUGGCAGGUAUUAGGGAAUACUUAGAAUCAUCCCCUUAAUAACAUUGGAGGAGAUACCCAAACUUUUGCUGACUGCCACAAAAAUACCCCAAUUUCUAUAUUUAAAAAGUCUUCUUCAAUACUACUAUCUUCAUAAUUUUCAAUACCUCAAAAUCUCUAGUGUUUACUGCUUCACUAGUGAUAGUGAUACUAAAAAUUAAAAAUCUUGUAGGUGAUUUAAAUGCUAAGAGCAAGGGGAGAAUAAUGGAUGCCUCCCUGAGUUUGGAUAAUAAUGGAAAAGUUAAAACCAUUCCCAAAUACAAAUGUAAAGCUUUUCAAGUCGUUGGAAAUGAGUCCAGUCAAAAAGAAUUAGAUGAAAAUAGUGAUCCCCACAAUAGUCACAAUGAUUUUAUGACAGAUGAAUUAGAAGCAACUUCUGAUGAAUAUCCAGAUAAUAUUUGGGAUGAAUCUGAAAUAUCAAAUAUAUCAGACUUGAGUCUAUCAAAUGAACAUUUCAUAGAAUCAAGUGAUGAAUCAAUACCAACGGACAAUGAGUCAUUAGAGCCAACCAGAUCUAAAAUUCCGGAUGGAAUAUUAGAACUAUUUGAUUAUACUCGUGAAAAUUCAAGAUGUCUAGUGGUAAAUAAGGAUAUUACUGAACAAGAAAUGAAAGACUUGGUUGAUAGUGGGAUCAAUGUGAUUCAUAUGUCUACCGACCUGAAUAAGAAAAAAAAGGUUAUUUACAUUGGACGGGAUUUAGUGCAGUGUAUUAGACAAUGUCCCCAUUGCUGUAUUACAUUUUUUUCUAUGGCAGAAGCAGAAGAUCAUGAACUCAAACAUAAGAAAGGCAAGGUGAAGCUUGAUGAAAAUAUUAUAGGAGCAGACAUUAUCAGGUGUCCCCAAUGUCCUGCUGAGUUUGUGUUUCAGACAGAUUUUACGAUUCAUUCUUAUCAUGUUCAUAAGGAAAGUAAUUUGUUUACUUGUAAUCGAUGCAAUCAAACGUUUAAAAAUCUUCUUGGAAAAUCUAGAGAGUUGCAAAGCCCAAGGGAAGUUCAAUCAAUAAAUUUCAUUAAUAUUUGCAUGCAAUACUGUUUUUUAACAACCCGGUCUAGCAACAAGGUUAAUGAGUUGGUUAAGUUCGGAUCCGAAGACUACAAUGAGUUUCAAAGGCACUACACCGUAAAAGGCUCAAGUUGCCUGUUGAUAUGCUCGAAAUGUGGCAAAAGAUUUCAAAACGUUUCACUUUAUGAAAAUCAUGUCGCUAUGUCGGAGAUCUCGGAAACUUGCGAUUUGGCGAAAUGCAAAGAGUGCGGAAAAUUGAUGGCAAGAGCAAUAUUAGAUGAGCACGUAAACACCUUUCACGCAACGAGCAAUAGUGCACUUUGUUCGGAAUGUGGAAAAUCUUUUCCUAGUGCUAAGACUUUAUUAAAGCACGAGUGGUUUGUCCACUCAAAAAAUUUGGGCACUCCAUGUCCAAAAUGUAAUAAAAGGUUCCCUAAAGCUAAUCUUACCGUUCAUUUGAAUAAGGAACAUGGAGUACCUAUGUAUAUUUGCGAUCAGUGUCCUCAAAUGUAUAAAUUUAAGGGCCAUUUAAAGAAACACGUCGACAGACAACACAAGCAAAAGAAAGUCAAAAUAGACAGCUUUUUGACAUGCGAUAAAUGUGGCCUUAUGUUUAAGAAUAAUAAAUGUUUACAGUAUCACACAAGAAACAUCCAUGAGGGAAUUAAGGAGUUCUCAUGCGACCUGUGUGGUGAGCGUUUCGCUAGGACCGACUACUUAUACCGCCACAAAAAAUACCACGACCUCUACAUGCAAAACGUUUGUGAUAUAUGCAAAACCAGUUUUAGAACCAGCUGGUUUUUGAAAAGUCAUAUGUUAAACGGCCACGAUGAAGACGGACAACCUUUGAAAAAAAUGAAAAUACGUCACCGCCCAAGAGAUAUUAGCGACGAGCAGUCGAAGAAAAGCUAUAAAAAUGCAAGAAGUAAAACACCGAAAGCUUGCCCCAUUUGUCAUAAGGUUCUGGCUAAUGCAAGCUCAUUACAGGUGCAUUAUAGAGGUCAUCUAAAAUUAUACGACAAAAAAUGUCCUAAAUGUGAUACUUAUUUCUCAAGCGUCCGCGCUGUAAAUAAACACCUACGCCUGCACGAUGAUCCCAGAUUUGAUUUUCGAUGCCAGCUUUGUCAUGUUUUCCGAGAUAGCAAAGAAGAUUUGGAAGUUCACAUGAAGAUGAAUCAUAAAAACUUGAAAUACCAGUGCCAUAUUUGUCACGAGAGGUUCGGCAAGAAAUACAUCCUCACCAAUCAUAUUCUUGUAAAACACCCGGAGGAACACGAAAAGCGUCUCGAAGUUUUUUCGAAGUUGGUGGAUCAGACACCCGAAGAUGUUCCGAUCGAAACUUAUAAGGCUCACCGACGACUCCGUGAUAAAAGUACAUUUACUGAGAAGACGGUUCAUAAAUUUGUAAAUAAGUGGACGACAAAUAAUAAGCAACUGUGCGAUUCGAGUGAGGAAGAGCAAGAGGAGGAGUUAGAAGAUGGACAAAACCUUACAUAAGGAAGGGAAAAAUCUGACAAAAGAGCCGAUGUGAAGAAGUUAGAGGACAGAAAAUGAUUUUAUUAUAAACCAAAUAUAAAUAAUUUAAUAUAUAUUUUUUGACCAAA